AUUGCCAGAACCUAAUGAUAAGCAAUGUGACUUGCUAUUGCUACGCAGCAUGUUAUUUAAAGAAAUGAUGUUUGACAUGUCUGUAACAGACUUGGGUGGAUCUCUGGCUACACGCGUAGAAGAUGUCAUGCUUGGGCAAUAUGACAAAGAAUUUGACCUUGUUGUUGAUGUAACAUCAACUACAGUUUUUUUGAACGGCGAAAAAGACAUUGUUGUAAAACUUCGUCCUGUACAGGAAUUUUUUUGUUGUUCCGGAAGAGUGCAGUCAGAUUCUUGACUUGCCAUCGAUGUCUUCAUCUGAAUUUAGUCCAAAUGAUGAAAAUUCCCCCCCAGCAACUUAUGAAACUCUAACCAUGAACAUCAACGAAAGUCAUACAUUAGGAAAUGACACAGAUACAACUACAGACUUUGUGGACAGUGAAGAGGACAGCAGCAUGUUCCAGCCAAGGUUUCACAGCACCCAAAAAAGUAAAUGCCUGAGAGUGGAACAAUCACACUUGCUAUCAAGAGAGACUGAGCUAUCGAGUGCUUCUGUGACUUCAAAAAAGUUGCCAAGUGAAGUAUGUGAAACAGAUCUGUUUAUCCUUACCCUCCCAAAUGAGGGAGAAGAAGAAUGGGAAAUCAACCAGCACAUCAUUGCAGCCAUGAGGGCUGGAAAACUGUCGCAACACAUAAAUGCAUUUAUUUUGGUGUGUGCAAAACACCUUUUGAAAACUGUGACGUUGGAUAAACGGUUGAACCAGCGGAAGAGCAUUUAUAAACGUUACGCUCAAAUGAUUGUGAAACAACACCCCUGCCUUGCAGAUAAUAACUGUGAAGAUAACUAUCUUACUGUGAAACAUAAAGUGGUUCGAGCUGUUGGUAAUCAAAUAGAUUCCAAGAAACAUGGACGAAUUCGCAACUUAAAAAGAAAUCAACAGAAGGCGAGUGCAAAGCGGAAUUCGGGUGGCCUAAACCAGUAUGAUGCUGCCAACUCUAUUUCCGGCAAUUUAUCUACUGCUGUCGAUGAUGAUUUUCCUGAUCAUGAAAGUGAAGAACAGUUAAGAAGAAAGCAUGAUUUUGAAGCAAGGCGUGAGUUUUUCAAAAUUAACAACAAACUUUCUCUUGCAAAGUUAUUAGAAAAGACACCGCAUUAUCAUGAUUUUGAAAAGGUAUUAAACAUUCGUUUAACUGUUAGCGCGUGACGUUACAUUAGUAACGUAGCCCGUGUGCCGGGUUAUAACCCGGGUAAUAACCCCAUGGGUUGCAACCCAUAUGGACCUAUGGGUUAUAACCCAUAGUAACCAGGUUAUAACCCAUAUGGACCUAUGGGUUAUAACCCAUAGUAACCAGGUUAUAACCCAUAGUAACCAGGUAUACUACACUAUAGUAACCCAUAGUAACCAGGUCACAACAGUUAGAAGAAGAGUCGUGAGCUAAUUUUUAGCGUCAGCAGGAAUUCAGAGCACCAGCAGCAUCAACAUGAUUUAUUCCGCCGUUUAUAUUGUGUGUUGGUUUGUUAUUGUUAAUAAACGAAGGACUUUCAUGUUGA